AUGUCAACAAUUCGCCCGAACUUCCCGAGCACGACAUCGCCGCAUACACUGUUCCCGGUCGUUGUGCUACCUCCAGGGCUUAGCCACAUUGUGUUUAUGAGUGUGGAUGUUAUGAAAAGUCUAAUUGCCCUGCGGGAGCAUACCUCUUCUGGCGCUGAUAAUAAUCGUCUAAAAGCGUUGAAAUUGGCUGCUGUAAACCUGGAGGACCCACUCUGCAAGUUCUUCCAACGACGCCUCGAUGAGAUGCGGGUGCCAACAAUGUGGAAGCAGGGCAUCGUCACUUACAUUCGUAAGGGGGGAAGUCGUGUAGAUCCGUCCAACUAUCGCCCGAUAACACUACUUCCGGUGAUCUCCAAAAUCAUGGAAGCGAUUGUUGCCGAAGCGCUGAUGAACUUCUUGAAGAAACGCCAUAUCAUAGCACGAGAACAACAUGGAUCUCGCAAGUACUGA